CGAUUGCUAGACACGAAGAAAAAAGAAAUAAUGCCGAGGAUAAAGCUUCUUGCCAUCUUAUUGCGUAGUUUGUCAGUGAUUUGAUUCGAAUUGUUGAACUGGAUGUAGAAUUAGUUGACGCGUAUUAGCAAAAAAAGUACGGUCAAAUCGGUUGUUUCUGCUUAAAACCUCCCAUGUUGACGUUGUUCAUCAGAUUCAUAUUUGACUAUGCUAAUUGUCCCGUUUUAUUACUAAUUAUAGCAUUACCGUUUAUACUAAUAAACAGAAUUCAUAAUCAACAACUGAAAGCGAAACUCCCAAGAUGAGAAGUGUGAGUAUUUGACAUAAUCCAUUAAGCGUAUAUUAUUUCUCUGUUCUAACUUAAUCAGAAUGCAAUAAACAAAAACCAGUCGUUACUGGAAAAGGGAAAGAAGGAAAAGCAUAAUGAUUGAGUUCACAAAGAAUCUGGAAAUCGAUGGUGCUCUGAUAGUUAUCCGAAAAAGAAUUGGAGAAUCUACAGGUGUCGUGAUCUGCACUGGACGUGCGGGAAGUAAUUAACGAUAUUUGUCGCAGACAACACCAAUGGAGAGAUAACUUUCAAUUGUAAAACGUCAGAACACAGAAAGUGAUAAAUCCAACCUAAUUCGGUAAUGAGAUUCUUCCUCCCGUGUCCACAAUCUUUGACCCCCGCGCGCACGCGCGCUGUAACCAGACAGCGUAUAGAUUUUCUCCUUUGUCAUUUUCCUCAUCUUCGUCCCUUUCUCUGAUCUGAAUUUCUACACUUCUGUUCCCCCGCGACACGUUCAUUCAGAGACACAGAGACGAGCUCAGAUCCCAGCCAGACAAAACAGUACAAAUCAAGCUCACUUUUCCGAUGGGAUUAACCAGAGAUGAAGAAUCAAGCACCCACAUAUCCGACAGCAACAAAACUCUCUCCUUUCUAAGGUACAAUUCUCCAUUUGUCCAAAUCAUCCUCAUUGGUCUGGUCUGCUUCUGCUGUCCUGGCAUGUUCAAUGCCCUCUCUGGAAUGGGAGGGGGUGGUCAAGUCGACCCCACUGCCUCCAACAACUCUCUCACUGCCCUUUACACCACCUUUGCUGUUUUCGGCAUCCUCGGCGGCGCCAUCUACAAUAUCCUCGGACCCCACAUAACCCUCUUCGCAGGCUGUUCCACCUAUGUCCUCUACUCUGGUUCCUUUCUCUACUACAACCAUUACCACCACCAAGCCUUUGCCAUAGUCGCAGGUGGUCUUCUUGGUGUGGGUGCUGGCCUCCUGUGGGCUGCACAGGGUGCGAUCAUGACAUCAUACCCUCCGGCGAAUCGAAAAGGGACUUACAUUUCCAUCUUCUGGAGUAUAUUCAACAUGGGCGGUGUGAUUGGUGGGUUAAUUCCUUUUAUUCUAAAUUACCAUCGUACUGAGGCUGCUUCUGUCAAUGAUGGAACCUACAUAGGUUUUAUGUGUUUCAUGUCGCUUGGGGCUAUUUUGUCAUUGGCUAUCUUGCCACCCGGUAAGGUAGUUCGUGAUGAUGGGACAAAGUGCACAAAUAUCCAGUAUUCCAAUGCGUCCACCGAGGCUUUAGAGAUUCUGAAGCUGUUCUUUAAUUGGAAAAUGCUUCUAAUAGUUCCUGCUGCUUGGUGUAGCAACUUCUUUUAUACUUACCAGUUCAAUCAUGUUAAUGGAGCGCUGUUCAAUUUGAGGACUAGAGGGUUGAACAAUGUGUUCUACUGGGGAGCACAGAUGGUGGGUUCAAUGGGAAUUGGAUACAUAAUGGAUUUCAGUUUUAAGAGCAGGAGGAAGAGAGGGUUUGUGGGAAUUUGUGUCAUUGCUGUUGUUGGGUCUUCCAUAUGGGCCGGUGGACUGGCUAAUCAGUCGAGGUACUCCACAAAUGAUUUGCCUGAGAAAUUGGAUUUCAAGGCCUCAGGCUCUGCCUAUGCUGGACCAUUCGUCUUGUAUUUUAGUUUUGGAUUGCUGGAUGCCAUGUUUCAGAGCAUGGUUUACUGGGUUAUUGGAGCCCUUGCUAAUGAUUCUGAGACCUUAAGCAGGUACUCUGGGUUCUAUAAAGGAAUACAAAGUGCAGGAGCAGCAGUAGCUUGGCAAGUUGACACCCAUAAGGUUGCUCCCAUGUCACAGUUGAUUGUGAACUGGGUGCUCACUACAGUGAGCUACCCAUUACUGUUAAUUUUGGUUAUGUUGGCUGUGAAAGAGGACGAUAAGACCGAAGAGGAACCUGCCUAACCGCCUUAUUCUUCAUCUGCACAACAAUGACUUUGUCCAAUAGAAGAGAGUGUAUAUAUAUGUAACUCAUUUUGUAGGAAACAAAGCGAAGGUGACAGAGAAAAGUUUAAAUUCAUGUGCAAAUCUUUAUUCAUGGUCCAUUCAAGAGGGAUGGCACGCAUAAUGAAGGUCAGUUAUUAAAGCUUAAGCUUGUGUUCAUGCAUCAUACUGAAGAGACCAGAAAAGGUUUAUGAAAAUGCUAGUUUUUAAUGUUUCUUUUUGGGAGUGAAAAA